AAGCCUUUGUACCUUUUGCUACCGUCAGUUGUGCCAAUUCACAUGAGCCGCAGCCUCAAAGCAGUUGACUGUGAUCAUCCGUUUUCACUAAGUUCAAAGUGCUCGAGGCGCAAAGUAACUCUUGCAAAACCGGUUUUCUGUUGACAAAGAGAUAAGCACAUGUCUAUCGAGCGCCAUACUCAAUAGGGCAGUGUGAAAAACUUUGCGAAGGUAAUGUGAUACAAGUCUGAUGCUGUUAUAUAAACCAUAAAAUUACAUUUCUCAGUUAAAACUGCUGACCCAGUUUGGAUUCCAUUCAUCGGUGCACAUGAGUGAGAACAGGCUGCAGAAACUAAAGGGUCAUAUUGUGGCUGAAAAUAAGAGCACAGCAAUGGCAGGCUCACCCAAUCCGCUUACCACCCAUGUGCUGAACAUCGCCACGGGCUUACCUGGUUCAAACAUGGCCCUCUGCCUUUAUCGACAUGUCCCCUCCACGGAUGCCUGGACACUGAUAACCACUGGGACCACUAAUGAUGAUGGACGUUGCCCAGGACUCAUCACAAAAGAACAGUUUACACCUGGUGUGUACAGAAUACAUUUUGAGACUGCUCAGUACUGGGAGAGUAUGGGAGAGACCUGCUUUUACCCCUAUGUUGAGAUUGUCUUUACUAUAAAUGACCCUGGUCAGAAGUACCACGUCCCUCUGCUGCUGAGUCGUUUCUCAUACAGUACAUACAGAGGGAGCUAGAGAUCAGAUGUGAGGAGAUCCUGGGGCUACCUCCAUCUAUCAGCAGUCUCACACACCACAGGCAGAGGCAACUUGCCCAGAAACUGUCAUGUCAGUGCCAGCUGAAAUGUCACACAAUGAUGAGACACAAUGCUGCAAGUGAAAAAUGUAUAUGUUUUAAUAAUGCUAUAUGCAAUACAACAAACUGAAAGUAAAUAAACCAUAUAACUGAUAUACACUGCACUUGGGUUAGCAUAAUAUAUCGAAUCUACUUUUUAAGUCACUACAUACAAUGUCUUAAGUAAACUUUUAAAUAUGGUAUUCACUCUCAAAUGUGUUUUUCCUUUGUAAACAUAUAAGUGAACCUGGAACCUUUGGUAUUUCAUAACAAAUAUAACAGACCAAAAUGGACAUGUGGUAUAGACACUAUUCAAUAAAUUCUAUUGCAUUAUG